UCAUUAUACAUUUGUAACACUUUCCGUAGUCGAUGUUGGGUCAAACUUGUCUGUCGGCAAAAGUGUCUGUGUGAAGCAGGUCUACAGAGAUAUUUCAGCGAAGUAAACGGAAAAAUAAAUCUUAAAGACAAAAAAAUAUAUAUAUACACAACGCUAUACAAGAACACACGAGCUCGGAAAACUGAGAGAAGACUUGACGUGACAAGCAGAAGUAUAAGUUUCUUUCACUCGUCCUCAGCAAUCAAGAUUUUGACAAUAUGAGCUACAGAAUGGUAAUUAUCAGAGUCGGCGAUAGUAGUAUCGGUCGUGACUUCCGUUCGACCUUCUUCGACUCAGGCUCCCAUUCCCGGGAAUCACAUAGCCGAUUUGGGCGAAGAGAUUGCUUUUCAUUAGUCUCUAGACGUCGCCGCAGAGGAAGGAGAGGUGGCAGAGUGCGCUUCACUAGUCUAGAACGACUCUAUGAACGUUUGGGCCGACGAAAGUCAGUUGACGAAUCAACUGAUGAGGAAGACGAAGAAGAUCCGACUCCUGGCUGCUUGAAAGUUGAAGAUGUUGACUUCAAAAUUCUGAAGAACACGAAUAAGCAUGAGACUGACGAGUAUUCGAUAACAUCAAAGGUGAACGACGAGAACGAGAAACAAAUCCCAAAACUCGUCUUGAGAAGAGGAUUCUCAUUCACUGUGGUGAUUCGCUUCAACAGACCUUACAAUGCGCAAACCGAUAGGGUUUCCCUUCAAUUUGCAUUCGGUGAACGUCCCAAACUUGUGAAAGGUUCUUUGGUGAGAUUAGAACUGACAGACACUUUCAAAGACGGGCAAUGGGCCGCUGUGCUAAAGAACUCGAAGGAUUCGGAAAUCACGGUCGAAGUUCAUACUCCUCCAAAUAACUAUGUUGGAGUCUGGCGAAUGAGGGUUAACAUCAAGAUUGAUGAAAAGAAAAUAGUUUACACAGAGCCCUAUGAAUUUUAUAUGCUGUUUAAUCCCUUCCACAAACGUGAUGAAGUUUACAUGGCUGACGAGGCGGAACGUAAAGAAUAUGUCAUGCGUGAAUCAGGAAAGAUUUAUGUGGGUACUUCACAUCAGAUCUUCGGAAAAACUUGGAACUUUCGCCAGUUUUCCGAUGAUGUGUUGGAAUGCGUUCUCUAUCUUCUAGAGGAAUCAGAACUUCCGCUUCACGCACGCAGAAAUCCUGUGUUAGUCACACGAAAAUUGACAGCAUUGAUAAAUUCAUCUGAUGACAACGGAGUUUUAACCGGCAACUGGUCAGGAGUGUAUACAGGUGGAAAGUCUCCUCUGGCUUGGACAGGCAGUGCUGCGAUUUUUCAAGAAUACUUCAAGACCAAGAGACCAGUGAAAUUUGGCCAGUGUUGGGUAUUCUCUGGUGUUCUAACCACAGGAAUUUACUGUUGCGGUCCAUGUCCAGUGAAAGCAAUUAAGACUGGAGAUACAACUGCUUUGUACGAUGCUCCAUUCAUCUUCGCCGAAGUGAACGCAGAUAAGAUUAGCUGGAUCUUAAUGCCGGACGGAAAUUACAAGAGUUAUAUACAGAGUGGCGAAAUUGGUAAAAACAUCAGUACCAAGGCUGUGCUGAAGAACGAUAGGAAUGACGUCACUUGUGAAUAUAAAUGUGCAGAAGGUUCUGCAGCCGAACGUGCAGCGGUAUUACGCGCUGUCAAUACUGCAGCUAUACGUACGGAUGCCUACAAACAGGGUCCUCAGGACAUGAAAUUCGAAAUAGACGUCGAUUUUGAUGCCAUGUUCGGUUCUGAUGUCCUUGUCAAGCUGAAGAUGGAAAACACUUCAAAUGAAGUUCGACAUGUUGGUGGCAGCAUUUCCGCCGUUUCUGUCUUCUAUACUGGUGUCAAAGCAAAGGACAUAAACAAAUCCAAAAUCAACUGCACUGUUCAGCCUAAAUCAAAUGGAGUUGCUGAAUUACUGCUUACAUUUAAUGAUUACUACAAAACUAUGGUUGAUCACUGUGGUAUCCAUUUGACUGCCGUAACUUUCGUGAGUGAGACUAUGCAGUAUUGUGUCUUGGAAGAAGACUUCAGGUUGCGAAAACCGGACGUUACUCUUAAGACUCCUGUAAAAGUUUCGAAACUGAGACCAUUUGAUGUCGAGGUAUCCUUCACCAACCCUCUGAAGGUUGCUUUGACCAACUGCAUUUUGACCGUCGAAGGACCUGGUUUACAGAGACCACAAACUCAUCCCCAGUGCGAUGUCAAACCAAACGAGACCUUCCAUACAACUUUGAAGCUGACGCCGAUACGCGUUGGGACACGUAGUGUUUGUGUGGGAUUCACCUCUGAACAGUUGGCCGGUCUCGAACAAGAGAGUGAAAUAGAAGUGACAGAAUAAUAGCCGAGCUUCAUACGACUCGACACUUCAGACGUGAUUAUAUCGAAAUUAAAAUAGGGUGUAUACUCAUACCAUAUAACAGAUACGUAGACUUAAAUAUUACACACCCACACACACAGACACACAGAAAAAUAAACACAAACAUACACACAUACAUGCACAAACAAACACGCACGUACAUACUCGGAUAGAAACAAAUAUACGCACAAGUAAACAUAUACAAAUAUGUAUAUGUAUAUAUCUACGUAAGCGUAUACAUAUAUGUACAUAUAUAUGCAUACAUGUGAUUAGUGAGAGAGACGAAAGAUUGGACACACGAGAAUCUUUACUGAUCGCAGCAAUUGUUUCAUCCCAUCCAGCAUCGAUCACGCGCGGGUGGGAUACAAACAUCUGAUUCAGAUGUAUCCCUCGGAGUAGAUAUGACUCUUCAGGUAAUUUCAAGCGGUAUCUCGAUAAAAUAAACCGCUUCGCAAGAUUCCUUCCUGGUGUUUUGUAUAUAGAAAUGGCAAACUAAGGG